AUGAUUUCCGAUGAUAAGCCGCUGGGACGACCACCGAUGCUCCAGAGUAAAAAGUCAACGCAUUCGUUUCUUUCAUCGACCGCUGGCCUAAAUCCCGCCUCUUUUUUGGGUACCGAUGCCACCACUGCAGUCACUUUGGCUAGCUCGGAUCAAGCAGAAAUAGCUAUCUUCGAGGAAGGCCUGGGUCUUGCUAAAACGACUCUGAGUCGUUCUUCUCGUUCGGUGAGCCCUCAACCAUCUUUCAUGGUCCUGCCGCCUCAGCUGGCGCUGGAUCCCCUGCCAUUUGUGGAGCUUCUCCAUGAUUUCGUAAACACAAGCAUUGCGAAAACAGAUGAUACCUACAAAGGAUCAAAGCCAUUCAACAUUCUCACAGAAACAGAAGAGGACAUUGAUGAAUCCUAUUUAGAAGAAAAGGUGCAUAUUUCCAAGAAGGGAGAGGGAUUUACAGCUAAGCUCAAACAAUUUUUCAUUCUUUCGUCAGCAGGCAAGCCUAUUUAUUCAAUGAAUGGUGAUGAUGAUGUUCUACUAGGUUAUAGUGGGUUGAUAACGACAAUUGUGGCCAGUUUUGAAGAUGGCACUGACCUGCUGUUCCGUAGUAUAUCACAAAAUGGCUUUCGCAUGGUCGUAAUGAACAAAUCACCUUUGAUACUAGUGGCUAUUAGUCGAGUAUCUUACGAGCUAAUGCUCGAUCUGAAGUUGUUGGAGAGUCAACUCUCUUCGGUGUACAACUAUCUCUUGGCUGUCCUCUCUGCACCUGUAAUCACUAAAAGCUUUCACAACCGAAUGAACUACGAUCUCCGCCGUGUUUUAUCAGCACAGGAUCUCAAAACUUUGGAUAUUUUGACUUCCAUGCUUACGUUCGGAUUCUCCGACACCACUGACGAUGAAAACAAAAGUUAUACUGUUGAUCCUUCCAUGUUCAUUUCCUCGCUUCUCGAUGAUGCAGUGCAAUGUGCUCGUCUCUCAAGCACACUUCGAGCGAAGCUCGAUGAUAUCUUCGUGUCUUGCAAAAGACUCAAGGUCAAUUUACCUCAAUCUGAAGCGACACCAUUUCUUCAAGGUAAACUUUACACACUGGAGACUACUAAACUUUUGGCAUCGGAUCUUUUGUUUGCAUUUCUCAUAUAUGAUAACAAGAUUGUCAGUCAUUUACAUCCAAAAACACAUUGCCUCGAAAACAAGGACAUCUCAACCUUACUAUUGAUGCUUUCGCAACUAAGCCCGGCGGGUGAGUCGAAAAACGUCCAAGAGGAGCCUGACCUUUGGUUCCCAAUCUGCUUGGCGAGAUUCAAUGACUCUGGAUUUCUUCAUUGUUAUGUAAGACACCUUCAUUUGCCGAAUCUAAGUAGACCAUUGACACUCCUUCUUUUAAGCGGCAACAAAAACUCAUUUUUUGAGAUGAAGCAGAGUGCCAAUUACAUUUUUGCAAAAAUUUGCAAGAGCAAAACUCUUUCUUCUUCGCUACCAGAAGAGUUGGCACAGGGAUACCUCCCUUUGACCUCGGUUUUAAAAACUCCGCAAGUGAAGCAUUUUAUUUAUAAGCGCCGAAAAGCAAAUCAGUAUAUCAUGGACCCACUCACUUUUUCAAAGGAUACCUUUGAGAAUAUCGUCGACUCAAUGUUCAUACUCUAUCUCUAUACCGCGCUUUCCAGCAGCAAAUCAGAAGAGGUAAGAGUCGGGGCGUCGAUGAAAAAGCUCACUUACACCCGAUGGCAUCUUAAGGAGGGAUUUACAGGAUUUCUUCUUGCAGAUGAAAAGUAUGAACUAUAUUGUCUAUGUAAAGGAUUUGUUACCUCACUGGUAUUGAUUGAACAAAGUCUCCGUAUUGUCAACUGGUGUGAAAAUUAUCGGAAAAGACUUUUUAUUGGACCUGGCGUCCAAUUUUGA